AAUAUAUCUCCUCGACGCUUGACACUCACGAGAUGUUUCAUUUUCUCACCACUAGGUGGCGCCAAAUCCCACACGCGGCAGCUUUGACUUAACGUGGUCGGACUAGUGCAGUCAGUUGUAAAUAAAUCAAUUAUUUCAGGGCUCAAAGGUCGGUGAGCUCACUAAAGUAGCCAUAUUUAAGUUAUCCUCAAACUUGUAGUCAGACUGGAAACCAACGGAAAAGAACACAUUUUAAAUUUAAUAAAUUUAGUUUUUUUCAGGGUCGCAGAAGCUUUUUUUUUCUUCAUGAAAAACUAUAAAGUGACUUUUUUUUUAAACGUCCAAAACUAUGACCUUGAUGGUGUGUUACGGUAACAUAUUUUAUACCAUACGAUAUUACAAAAUGUUAGAUUUUUAUGAAAAAGUCUGCGAGGUACUAUUCCAGUUAUUUUUAUUCAAUUUGUAUGCCAUGCUGUACUUUUUAUAUAGUAUAAUUAUGUUUUAUUUUAAGACAUUUUUAUAGCACCUUUUUUAAAAUACCAUGCACUUUAUACACACUGUAUAUACAUGUGUAUAUCUAAAUAAAUAAUUGUGCAUGUAUCAUUUACCAACACGACACUGAAUGAUCUAGCUCUACCAGCCAAAAUGACAGAGCAAUCGCUCCACUCUUUUUUCCGGAUAUCACUUUAUGUAUUUUUUAUUUAAGGACCGAGUCAAAGUUAUACAUACUAAAUAAUCAUUUCAGAAUAAAUAAUCAGUCAUGUGAAUAAGAGCGCCGUCGAUAUGCGGUAUCGCGAUUUUAGACGAGACGAAAUUUUCUCUCGCGUGAUGCUCUUGUACUAUAAACGAUCUUUUCCGUGACGCGCAUUUCGCGCCAAACUCGGUUUCCAGCGUUGAAGUGAGCGAGGAGGCGGUCGACAUGAGUAAGAAGGACAACGGAGGGACCGUCAUCCUGGCGUACCUGAACGAGAAGAACCGUCCCUACAGCUCUCAGGAUAUCUUCUGCAAUCUACAGAAGCAGCAUGGGUUCGGCAAAACGGCUGUGGUCAAAGCCAUGGAGCUGCUGGCUCUGGAGGGCAAGAUAAAGGAGAAGGCGUACGGCAAACAGAAGAUCUAUUUUGCGGAUCAGACUCAGUUCACAAAUGUGAACGAAGGAGACCUGAAGGAGAUGGACGGUCAGAUCUCACAGCUCAGCGCCGAGGUGCAGACCCUCACCCAGAGCUGCAGGCAGCUGGACGCAGAGCUGAAGGAGCUCAGCGGCGCCCUGACGACAGAGGAGAUGGCGUCAGAGAUCCAGGAGCUGAAGGCCGAGUGUUCGGGGUACCGGGCGCGUUUGGAGAAGAUAAAGUCGGCCACUAACCACGUCACCCCGGAGGAGAAGGAGAAGGUUUACAAAGACCGGGAGGUUUACGUGAAAGAGUGGAAAAAGAGGAAGAGAUUGGCUUCCGACAUGAUGGAUUCCAUCCUGGAGGGAUAUCCCAAGAGCAAGAAGCAGUUCCUGGAGGAGGUCGGCGUGGAGACCGACGAGGACUCCAAGGUGGUCGUUCCGAGUAUUUGAGGAGACGAGGACACGCUUGUGUAUCCUCGUCGGACCUCUCGCUGCUCGAGCGACGAGAAUACAUCGGCGCCACGGCACAUUCUUUAUUUACGGCUUUCCUCUUGAACAAAAAGGUACAUCUUUAAUACGAGAUAAACAACGUCCAGUGAUUGAAAGUACACGAAACAAAACACGCUACGUCACAACGGGCAACGCGGCGGAUGUUCGUCGCCUUUUUAGGCAACUUUGGUUUAUUUUCUCCCCUUAAAGCCAUAAAUCCCUCCAGCGUACGACGAACAUGUCACGAUCGCUUUGAGAGCUGUUGUCCUUUCUGUUUAAGUUAACUUCAGGUAUUCUAGAGGGUCGCCGUGUCGUCUUCCUCUCGUUAAUCAUCCUCUGUUCGGCUUCUUCACUCCGUGUUGCGUCAAGUUAUUAAAACGUUCAGGACUUUUGAGGCUGAAGUGCGAACAAGAAAUGAUUCAUUAAAGAUAUUUGCUGAUAUUC